CAUGUCUUCUUGGCUGUUGGGUCAUGGCCUGUGAAUUAUCAGGCUUGCCUCGUCAAAGUGUGAGGUGUUGGUAUGCCGGCCAAGCGGCCCUUGCCGUUGUCCGACGCAGCUUUGGGUCACAAAGGUGAAGGUGCGACAGGCGACAUGACGAAUCAGUCAAUCGGCGAGACCAACGACGGCCAGCCCCUGCCUGUGAAGAAUACAUUCAUUGACGUGCCUUCGGGAUUUUCGCCAGCAACCACUCCAACUGAUCACAGCCAACCGGUGAGCACAGCGCCGGCACAGGUGCACUACCAGCAAGGAUUCCUAAAAAGGGCGGUGCUUGAUUCAGUGGAAGAAACUUCUGCGGCUCCUGAUGGGCUAGGUUCACAAGGAGCUCAAGCCCCACCCAGCAGGUCGAAUUUGGCCAACCAUCUGGUUUCUGCGACUCCACCGUUGAUGACGCCUUCACCGACUGGAACUUCCUUGUUUUCAGACACAAGGUACCAGUUGUUUGGUGGCCCUAUGCCGCUUAAAGAGGCGCCUCUGACAGUGGCUCCCUGCCCAGCUUCAGGCCGAGCUGCCGGCGAUGGAUUGUUACUUUCGGUGGCUGCUCCCAAGCAGGCGCCUGCCUUGGACAUGCCCUACAGUCAUCAGGGCAACCACUUCCAAUCGCCUUAUGGCUCCCUUUUUGGACCCGGUGUCGACUCCGCUGGAGCUCUGGGCGCCGAGUUCGCGCGCUUGGCCCUGGGCAAAGCGGACAGUGAUGAUGAGGAUGAGGACUCGGAGGCCGAGCGGCAACAGGCCGCGCUGGCCGCCUCGGGACGAACCAUCGAGACGGCGCCGAAGCCGCCGCCGGGGGCGUUGCAUCCGUCGAUGGGCUCUGCCUUUCAUGAUAGCGGGAAUUGCAAAAGAUGUUGCUUCUAUCCUCGAAACAGGUGCUUGAAUGGCUACGAGUGUGAGUUUUGCCACUACGAGCACGAGAAGCGAAAGCGCAAAAACAAAAAGAACAAGAAGAAAAAGGCUGAGGCUGGCGAUCCAAUGGAUGACUUUUUCAAUGAGGGUGCAGGUCUGAGUGACCUGGCUUGGCCGAACCUGCCGCCCAUGCCCAUUCCACCGUGCCAUGGACCACUGCCGCAUCCGCCGCAUCCUCCGCAUGCGAUGCAUCCAGCAUGCCCUCCAUACAUGGAUGCCCCUCUUACGUACCAGUGGACCGAUGGGAUGCCAGGUCAAACGCCAGCGCCUCCCAUCAUCCCAGGCUAUGAAGAGUAUGUCGCUGCUUGCUGCAGCCGGCGCCUGCCGGGUAUCGAGCCACCAGCUCUGGCCACCAACCCUCCACCGCAGGCCCCUUACUUCGAUGAUCGUGCGCCCGGCUACCCCUUUGAGCCUCCCCAGCUACCGCCCUACUAUGGAGCGCCUGCGCCCACGGCUGGCGCUGGUGCUGGGGCUUUGGAUCCUGCUGCAGCUCCAUGGGUGCCACCUACUUCACCCUACACACCUGCACAAGCAAGCAAUGCAAAGACUCAGCCUUCCAGAGACACAGAGGAAGGCGCUUCUUCGAAGCUUUUGGGGACCUCUCUCUCUCCGCCCUUGGAGGCAGCUGAGGUUGGACAAGCUUCAAUGCCACAAACGAGCAGUGGACUGCCUGAAAAAGAGGCUUCGGACACUCCUCUUCCGCUCAACUUGGAGCCCAACAUGCCGCCACCAGAUUCAUCCCCGAAGCUCAACUCCGAUUUGGUGGCUUUGCAGAAUCCUCCGCCACCAGAUCAAAGUCCUACAUUGCCGACAUGAGCAAGAUAUUAUCAUGCUAAAUUGUGUUGGAAAGUGACACGAACCUACCCGAACCACAAAAAAUACUAAACAUAUACAUUGCACAAAUAUUAAUUGAUAUUAUAAAUGGUAGGCAAUUGAUUAAUUUGUAUUAAUCGAAUAUGUACGAAAUAGUCCUUUUUGCG